GGGUUGGGGGUGGGGCGAUGAGUUCCGUCGGUCUCCGCAGACUCUUCCUCGCUUUCGCAGCCAUGGGAGAAGCCGCCUCUUCUUCCCUCAAGGCAGCCAGUGAAAGAGAGGUCCUGCCCGGCCGGAGCCGGACUCUUGUGCGCCUCCUGGAUAAACACCAUGUGAAUGGAAACAGCAUGGUCGAACCUUUUCCAGAGGGAACACACAUGGCAAUAUUUGGGAUGGGCUGCUUCUGGGGCGCAGAGAGGAAAUUUUGGCGGCAGAAAGGAGUCUACUCAACUCAAGUGGGCUAUGCAGGAGGACAUACCCCUCAUCCCACCUAUGAAGAGGUCUGUUCAGGGAGAACUGGCCAUACCGAAGCUGUGCGAGUGGUAUUUCAGCCAGAAACCAUCAGCUUUGAGAAACUGCUCAAGGUCUUCUGGGAGAAUCAUGACCCGACACAAGGGAUGAGGCAGGGGAAUGAUGUCGGCACACAGUAUCGGUCUGCCAUCUACACGUUUUCCCCAGAACAGUUGGAGGCUGCUUUGAGAUCCAAAGAAGAUUACCAAAAGGUGUUGACGGAGAAAGGCUUCGGCACGAUCACCACUGAGAUCCGCGAGGCUCCAGCGUUCUAUUACGCUGAAGAGUAUCACCAGCAGUACCUGAGCAAGCACCCUAAUGGCUACUGCGGACUUGGAGGCACCGGGGUUUCCUGCCCCAUCGGCAUCUAAAAGUGAUCUUUCCUCCUGCAACCGCCUCAGCACCUUAAAGCAAGAUGUCGGACGCAAGGGGACAUGCUCUGGAUCUUUCCUACAGUUUGGCUGCAGUCUUCGGGGCGCUCUCCCCGCCAGUGAAUGCCGUGAAAUCAAAGGCACCUGUUUGCAAGGAAAGGCUGAUUGCUGAGCUAUGCGUUUAGCAGAGCCACAUGCCUGGAGUCCUUGUUGGACUCCACCACUUCAGGAUGCAGACGGGGAAAACCACUUUUGUAUCAUGCUCUUCCAUGUAAGUGAAAACGAAUUCAGCUCGUCGGAUGCCUCAACUGGUGUACUGCCAUAGCCUGGAAUAUUAGUUUUCUACACACAAAGCGUUUGGGUUUUAAAAAAAUAAAUAAAGGGGAGCAUUCAAAAAUGCACUCCCCCAAUCUACAUUCUGAAGUGGUGCAGUCCAGGAAGGCCUGUAAUGUGUAAUUUUGCGGAAUCUACACGGCUCAGAAUCCCA